GAGACCUCACAGACCACUUAAGCAAGUGUCCCCAAGGCCAACCAAUGAGAGUAGCAGCUGCGUCCCAGGUGGCGAGACGCCAGAUCUUGCUAGUGACUCCAACUAGUGGGGCCAUUCCUUUUCCGCCGGGAUCUGAAUGACGGCGACGGUGACGGUAGAGCCCGCGGGUCGCUGCCCCUGGGAUGAGCCGGUGCGCAUCGCCGUGCGCGGCCUGGCCCCAGGGCAGCGGGUCACGCUGCGCGCGUCCCUGCGCGACGAGAAGGGCGCGCUCUUCCGGGCCCACGCGCGCUACUGCGCCGACGCCCACGGCGGGCUGGACCUGGGGCGCGCGCCCGCGCUGGGCGGCAGCUUUGCGGGGCUCGAGCCCAUGGGGCUCUUCUGGGCCCUGGAGCCCGAGAAGCCCUUGGUACAGUUGGUGAAGCGGGACGUACUGACACCCUUCGCCGUGAAGCUGGAGGUGCUCGACGGCCACGAGCCCGACACCGAGCGGCUCCUGGGCCAGACGGUGCACGAGCGCGACUUCCUGCCGCCCGGGGUGCGGCGCGAGCCGGUGCGCGCGGGCCGGGUGCGCGCCACGCUCUUCCUGCCGCCAGGUGCAGGACCCUUCCCUGGAAUCAUCGAUCUGUUUGGAAGUGGUGGUGGCCUUUGUGAAUACAGGGCCAGCCUCCUGGCUGGUCAUGGUUUUGUUGUGCUUGCUCUGGCUUUCUUCAGAUUUGAAGACCUCCCUAAAUAUUUGAAUGAUGUGUGCCUGGAGUACUUUGAAGAAGCUGUGGACUUCAUGCUACAGCAUCCAAAGGUGAAAGGCCCUAGUGUUGGGCUUCUUGGCUUCUCCAAAGGAGGUGACCUGUGUCUCUCAAUGGCCUCUUUCUUGAAGAGCAUCACAGCCACUGUAGUUAUCAAUGCAUGUGUGGCCAACACAAUAGCUCCGCUGCGUUACAAGGAUAUGAUUAUUCCUGAUCUCAGUAAUGACACAGCAAAAUGUAAGAUCACUGAGUCAGGCUUUUGGAGUUUCGUGGAUAUUUGGAACAAUCCACUAGAGAAACCCAACCACCAAAGUCUUAUUCCAUUGGAAAAAGCCCAAGGGCCCUUCCUGUUUAUUGUUGGCAUGGAUGAUCAAAACUGGAAGAGUGAAUUCUAUGCUCAACUAGCCAGUGAACGGUUACAAGCCCAUGGGAAAGACAGACCCGAGAUAAUCUACUACCCAGGAACUGGUCAUUGUAUUGGGCCACCUUAUUUUCCUCUUUGUAGAGCCUCUGUGCAUGCAUUUUUGAGCCAACCAGUAUCCUAUGGAGGUGAGCCAAAGGCUCACUCAAGAGCACAGGUUGAUGCCUGGCAGAAAAUUCAAACUUUCUUCCAUAAACAUCUCAGUGGUAAAAAAUCUGUCAAGCCCAGCAAAAUGUAACAUUGUAAUAAUAUACCAUUUAAUAAAAAUCCUAUUCAUUCUAA